AUGGCGGACGGUGUUACACUACGAAAUACCGAGCAUCGUUUAUCAGCUCGUCCAGAUGAUACAAUUAGCAUAUUAAGUUCACAAUCAGAUAGUAUUCAACAUUUAUCCUCUUAUUUGGAGUCGGAUGAUGAGGGAAAAGUGCUUGUUGGAAAUAGUAUUCAUAAUCUUGGACUUAAUAGUGGUGGUGCAAAUGGCAGUAAUGACAAUGAAUUAAGUAGUAGUGGUGAUGCAGGCACAAAUUCAACAUUAAAACCAAAGAAAGAUUGGACAGUUUAUUUGAAUAAAUCAUCAAAACAUUAUCAUAAUGGAAAAAAAGUUACUCAACAUUCAAAUGAAUUUUCAUCAUCAGAUGAAACAUAUUCAGAAGAUGAAGAUGAUGACGAUGAUAAUGAUGAUUCGUCUUCGUCAGUUGGUUUCGACGAAGAUGACCCAUGGACAAUUUCGAAUGAACAACGUGAUUAUUAUACAAAUCAAUUUCGUGAAUUACAACCGGAUAUUAAUAAAGUUAUUAUGGGUAAUAUUGCCAAAGAAUUUUUUGAACGGUCACAAUUGCCUACAAAUGAAUUAUCUAAAAUAUGGAAUUUAUCGGAUGUGAAUCAUGAUGGAGCCUUGUCGUUAGCAGAAUUUUGUACAGCUAUGCAUCUUGUUGUAUUACGUGUAAAUUCAUUUGAAUUGCCAGAUGAACUACCAGCUCAAUUGUUACCAUAUACACCAUUAAUCGAUUUGUCUGAUACAACAUCACUAACAUCCAUCGAAGCAUCAUUGCCACCACUUAAUCAAACUCUUGUUGAUUCCAAAACAACAGCAACUACAGCCACGGCGGCAAAAAACAUACCAUCUGGAGUAGCUCCACCAAUUGACUGGGCCAAUUUUAAUGAUUCAGAACCUGAGUCAACAGCAUCCGCUUCUCCUCGAUCAAGACCAAAAGAAUUUACAUAUGCACCUCCCAUCUCAUCUGACAAUCAUAAAAUAGUUGCACCUGUUCCUCUAAGACUUUCACCUCCCGUUGCUCCUCCACCAUUAUUGAAAUCGUUGGAUUCAGCAAAAAAUAUCCCGCCCCCACCACCACCUCCACCACGAUCAACUACAAACAACAAACAUAGUCGUAAUGCGUCACUCGAUUACACAAAUGAAACAACAACAACGCUUCUAUCUCAUGCGCCUAUUUUACCACCUCGCACACAACCCGAUGUACAAAUAACACCUCAACAACCAUCUCGUACAUCGAGUAACAAUAAUAAUAAUAAUAAUAGUAAUAACAGUACCAUUUCUACGCCGUUAUACUAUGCUAGUCGUACGAGACCAUCAAUUAUGCAACAACAACAAACUGAUCCAAAUGUACUAUUACAACAAAUACGUGAUUUACUACAGCCAGAUAGUUUACAAGAAUUAUCAACGUUAAUAUCGGCGAAUACAAAUAAUCAAAAUGAUCCAAAUGACAUUAACAAUGUCGAGCAACAACAAUUACAUACAGCAUUAAACCAAACAAAAAUACAUAAUUCGAUAUUAAAAGCACAACUCAAACAUUGGGAGGAUAGACUAACUGAUCUAAUCGAUAAACGAAUAUCAUUAGAAUUGCAACUUAAACUUCAGUAG